AUGAUCGGAGAAUACCUUGGGGAAGGCGACCACGAAAACAUUGCUAUCAUGCACUCAUUCGUCGAUAUAAUGGAUUUCUCUAAACGACGUUUGGUGGAUGCUCUCCGCUCCUUUCUGCAACAUUUCCGGUUGCCGGGAGAAGCUCAGAAAAUUGAUCGUUUUAUGCUGAAGUUCGCAGAACGCUAUGUGACCCAAAACCCGAAUGCGUUUGCCAAUGCUGAUACAGCGUAUGUCCUGUCAUACUCUGUGAUAAUGCUCAACGUCGAUCAGCACAGUAGCAAGAUCAAGGGACGCCGAAUGACUCCUGAGGAUUUUAUCAAGAAUAACCGAGGUAUCAACGAUAAUCAAGACUUACCUGAUGAGUAUCUUACAUCGAUCUUUGAGGAGAUUGCCAAUAAUGAGAUCGUCCUCGACACUGAGAGGGAGCAAGCGGCGAACGCUGGCAUUCCCACAUCUGCUCCGGCUACAGAGCUUAUGGCUAUCUACUACGCCAUUGGCCUGGCAUUUUCAACAGCCAUGAAGAAUCAGAAUACCCCAGCGACGGAGAUUAACCUAGUAACCAUCCUCAGCGAUAGCAUGUCAGCACUGCAAGCCAUAGCAAAUAUACGGAACCAGUCUGGCCAAUGGAUCAUCCAGGCCAUCACCUAA